AUGCCAUUCAGCACAGACAGGUAUUUCAUAUCCAGCGAACAGAAGAGUUGGUCUUAUAGCAGACAGUUCUGCAGGGAUCUUGGUGGAGAUCUUGUCAUCAUCAACACUGAAGAGGAACAGAGAUACAUACAUUCAAUCAUUAAGGAGGACACAUGGAUUGGUUUGUCUGAUACAGACAAAGAGGGCGUCAUGAAAUGGGUGGAUAAUUCAACACCCAAAGUAUCGUUUUGGAUCUCCGGUGAACCAAAUAACGCACAUGGAAAUGAAGACUGUGUUCAGAUUGUGUCUUCAUAUCCCUUAAAAAAUAGCUGGAAUGAUCAACCCUGCACAGAAGAGAGACGUUGGAUUUGUGAGAAUUAGAUCUUUUCCACAUGAUUCCAAAAAGUCCUGUUACUCUUUUCAGAAUGUAAAGAUGUACUGUUCACAGCAGAGCGUGAAGGACCCGGGCUAGUUGUCAUAAGAGCUUUUUCUCAGUAACUUUUAAGGUUUAAGCUCUUAACUCUUUUUAGUUAGACUUUUAGUUUUGUGUUAACUAUUGUUGUGUUAAUUUGCUUUGCACAUUAGGUUGGAGAAAAAAUAUAUUUUGGAAGUUUCAUUGUGACAAGUCAUAGUGUGACAA